AAAUGGUUGGGCAGUGAUUGUCUUCACUUUUUAAAUUUUAAGGCAAUGAGUUACCUGAAUUUUUUCCAAGUCUAUUUAUUUAGUUUACAGUCUACUGAGCAAGCUGAGUUAAAUGAGAAGUAGAAAAAGCAGAAUCUAUACUUAUCCAGUGUUUACAGUGUACUUAUCAAGCGCGCUGUUAAAUCAAUGGUUGGCGAAUGAUUGUCAUGACUUAGAAAUUUUGAGGGAACGAGUUACCUGAGUUAUUUUUUUUUUUUUCACGUAAACUCUACUUACAGUGCACACCUAUUAAGUGCACGACUAGCAAACGAAUCGCUACUUCUUCACCCCGAAUGGGAAGGUAUUAUUAUGUAUAACGCAUCAGUGUCAUUAGUCACCUCGGUCGAUAACAAAUCCUACUUUGCACAAAUAUUACUUCAGCAUAAUUAGACUAUUUUACUAGCAAAGUCAAACAUGUUCAUUUUAUUUCUUUCCUGUUUAGAUUGGAUUCCAAUUUCUUUUAAACCCCACACAAUGCUGCUUUAAACAAAAACGUGUGUGUUUUAAAACUUCCUCGGCGAGUUAACGCCAUUCCGAUUCUGAAUCUGAAUGUAAGACAUUUUUUUUCCCUGAGACGUCAUCGGGAAUCACUUUCGUCCUAUUAACGGGGAACUCCCUUUGUGCUAUCAGCCUACUACUAUACUGCAAGUAAUUUGACGCGCCGACAGCCAUAAUAACCCAUUAAAAAAUAAAAACCUAACAAUUAUUAAUAGGAAUGAAAACUCCCAAUACGGAUCACAAGGCUUCAAACGUGACAUAUGACUUUUUAUGAACGAAAUCAAAUUUCAAUCCGAAUUCGGUGACGUCACUCGAAAAGCGAAAUUCCUCCAAGUCUGAUUCGUCCCGCAGCAGGUGCACAUAUAAAGAAAGUCAUAAAAAUUGCGCGGCAGACGGCAAAGUACAAAGUCGACACCUUACGAGCCAAGACGAUGGUAAUAAAUCAAACUAUUGCUCAGAUAAUCGUCGCCUUCCUGUUCCGGAGCGCAAUGAGCAACGUCGCUGAUGUCUCGGGAUGCCCGUGGAUUAAAAACGAAUAUAACAGAUAUUAUGACCAAGCCCUGAAGUUACUGAAAGAAAUGGCUGGUAACAACGCGGAGGAUCUCAAGAGCCCGGUGGUCUUCCCUGGCAACCUGUACGAGCGAGCCGCCAACAAGUCGGCAUUUUCCCGUCUCAGUUUCGAGGUGCAGGUCCUGCGAGAGGUUGCCAACCUCUUUGACAAUGACCACGCAUCUUCGGUGUUGGACAGGACGACGCUGGACCACUUUCUCAACAUUAUCCACCAGCAGAAAGACGGCCUGCAGACUUGUAUGAACAACAAGAAGCCACGCUGGAGCAACAAACUGGCGAAUUAUUUCAAGAGACUUUCAAUGGAGGUUCGAGAUCAAAAGGAGGCCUGGGAGAUGAUCAUACGUGAAGCCAAAAUGCACAUUUUCCAAGCAGGCCUGCUGACUCCAACCAAGUGAAAACAAACAAACAAACGGAAAAGAAAUAUAAAAAAAAAAAAUCUAUUUAUGUAUUUAUUGUUGAGAUUUUUUAAAGAUAUUUAAUAUUUAAAGAACAAUAUAUUUGAAAAUGUAAAUACGAAG